AUGUCGGCCGGCGUUCUUUUUCGUUUUGCUCUGCUUCUGCUGCUGGGAAAGCGGACUCUGGCAGAAAUCCGCUACUCCGUCGCCGAGGAGGUGAAAGACGGAACUGUUGUCGGGAAUCUUGCAAAGGAUUUGGGCCUCGACGUCGGCUCUCUGGCGGAUCGCCGCUUCCGAGUGGUUUCCGAAUCGAAGGAGGCCUUCUUUGAGGCAAACCCGCACAACGGGGUGCUGCACGUGAACAGAAGGAUCGACAGAGAUGAUUCGUGUCAGGGCAGCGGCGUCUGCCUCUUUGAGCUCAAAGUCAUCGUGGAAAACCCUUUGGAAAUCCAUUACGUCGUGGUAGAAAUCACAGACGUCAACGACCACGCUCCCGUUUUCACAGAAAAAGAGCAAACGUUUGAAAUAGCAGAGCACACGUCGCCCGGCAAACGAUUCAAGCUGCACGCGGCUCACGAUCCCGACGCGGGGAUGAACUCCAUCCGCGCUUACACGCUGACGUCAAAUGAACAUUUUGAAGUCGACGUCCGCCAGAGCGAUGAGGAGAAAAUUCCUUUUUUGCUGCUGAAGAAGUCUCUGGACCGGGAAGAGAAGGAAAAACACUCGCUCCUGGUCACAGCGGUGGAUGGAGGAAAACCGCCGCGAUCGGGGACGCUCAACGUCUCCAUUGUUGUUCUCGACAGCAACGACAACAGACCAACGUUUAGUCAAGAUACUUACCAAAUUACAAUUGCGGAAAAUAUCCCCAUAGGCACUUCAAUAUUUAGACUCAACGGUACAGACCCAGAUGAAGGUGUUAAUGGGGAAAUUGAUUACAGUUUUGCGAAAACGCUGAAGAAAAACAUUGACAGCAUUUUUGAAGUGGAUAAAACGAAAGGGGUGAUUACAGUAAAAGGUGACAUUGACUAUGAAGAAAAUGAUAUUUUCAAACUGGACAUUGAGGCAUCAGAUAGAGGAACACCUCCUCUGACAGGUGAGUGCAGAAUUAUCAUCAAAAUCAAAGAUGUCAACGAUAAUGUUCCAGAAAUAGAAGUGACUUCGCUGUCAAAUAUCGUGGCCGAAGACUCCAAACCCGGUACGGUUAUUUCCCUCAUUAGCGUGAAGGAUAAAGACCCGUGUGUGAACGGAAAAAUUAUCUGCACCAUGACAAACGAUGUCCCCUUUGAAUUAAAGCCAUCCUACAGGGAAAACAUAUUUUCAGUCGCGACAAAAGAAUAUCUGGACCGGGAGCAGGUCUCACAUUAUGAAAUUGAAAUAAAAGCCACCGACUGCGGCCGACCUCCUUUGUCAACGCUAAAAUCGCUCAAUAUUCAGAUCUCCGAUGUGAACGAUAACAGUCCACACUUUGAAAAGAACCCUUUGGAGUUUUAUUUAACAGAGAACAAUGUGGCUGGGAGUUCAAUUUUCUCCGUCAGUGCAACAGACAAAGACAUCAAUGACAACGCGAUGAUUUCCUAUCAGAUUGUGAGAGGCGGCGGUCCAAAUGACAUCACCUCUUUCCUCAACAUUAACUCGGAGACCGGAGAAGUGACAGCGCUGAAAAGUUUGGACUUCGAGGCGCUGAAAAGCUUCCAGUUCCAGGUGUCGGCCACGGACGGCGGAAGUCCUCCGCUGAGCGGCAACGUGACGGUCAAGGUGUUCAUUCUGGAUCAGAACGACAACGCUCCGGUCAUCGUGUAUCCGCUCAGCUCCAACGGUUCCGCCCAAGGCGCGGAGGAGAUUCCCCGCAAUAGCAAAGCGGGAGACUUGGUGACCCGAGUCCGAGCCUACGACGCCGAUACGGGAUAUAACGGCUGGUUACUGUUUUCGCUGCACCCGCCUGGCGAGCGCGCUCUCUUUUCUUUGGACCGCUACACGGGCCAGAUCAGAACCCUUCGCUCCUUCACGGAGACGGACGGGGCCGAGCAUCGACUGCUGGUACUGGUCAAAGACAACGGCGACGUUUCGCUGUCGGCGACGGCUACCGUCACCGUCAAACUGGCGGAGCCCAAAGAGGCUUUCGCCGCUUCCGACCACGUCCAAAGUGCGGCCGAAGCGGACCGCAGCGAGGACCGGCUGACUUUUUAUCUGGCGCUGACUUUGGGCUCGGUCUCGUUGCUUUUGGUGAUCAGCGUGGUGGUGCUGAUCGCCAUGCGCUGCUCCAAAUCCACAGAGUACACUUCCAAAUAUCUCCAAGACGCUCAUUACGACGGCACGCUGUGUCACAGCAUCCAGUACCGAUCCGGAGACAAACGCUACAUGCUAGUCGGACCCAGGAUGAGUAUCGGUUCCACCAUUGUGCCGGGCAGCCGCGCCAACACUCUGCUGAUGUCCGACGCCGCAGGGGAGGUAAGACAGUUAUAUUUUUUCAUGUUUUCCUUCUACAGCGCGUCCGUGCUGCACUGCAAAGAAGAACACGAUCGCUCGGGGGAUAAGAGUAGAAGAUAUUCAGUGCCAUCCGGUGAUGCUGUUUUGAAUUAUUACUCAAAGGGAGCUCAAGGAGGAAGACGGUUAAAUAUGUACCGGACGCGCCCUGUGAUUUUCCCCCUCCUCCUUUGUUACUGCGAGCUGAUUUCAGCCCAGCUGAAAUAUUCCACUCCAGAAGAGGUUAAAGUCGGAUCUAUAGUUGGCAACGUCGCGAAGGAUUUGGGCCUGGACGCGGCCACUUUGACGAGCAGGAGGUUUCGGAUGGUGUCGGGCGCACAGGACACGCUCUUUGAGGUAAACCCCAACAAUGGGCUUCUUCUCGUGCACAAACACCUCGACCGCGAGCACAUGUGCGACAGAAACGCCGUCUGUGCGGUGGACCUCAAAGUGGUGGUGGAGAACCCGCUGGAGAUCCACUACGUGUCCGUGGAAGUGACAGACGUCAACGACCACGCACCGACCUUUGCGGAGAGGGGCAAGAUUAUCGAAAUAGCCGAGAGCACUUUAUCCGGUGCUCGGUUUCAGUUACCAGGCGCGAGGGACCCGGAUGUUGGAAUUAACUCCAUCCAGCGUUAUAAACUCAGUCAGAAUGAACAUUUUAGACUUGAAAUUCGGGAGAGAGAUGAUGACAAAAUUCCAUUUUUAUUAUUACAAAAGCAGCUGGACAGGGAACAGAAAAUUAAUCACAGUUUAAUUUUGUCUGCAAUUGACGGAGGAACGCCUUCAAAAUCCGCAAAUCUUAAUGUGACGAUUCGGGUUUUAGAUAUCAACGACAAUCGACCCGUUUUCUCCAAGGAGGGAUAUUCAGCGGAGUUGCAAGAAAAUGCUGCAUUGGGCACCUCUGUCAUAAAAGUGCAAGCGACUGACCUGGAUGAGGGAGCCAAUGGGGAGGUGGAGUACGAAUUUGGGGGCGACACCAACGCAGAGCUGAUGCGUCUUUUUAGUCUGGACAAAAAACUGGGAGUAAUUCGAGUUGAAGGGCAAAUUGAUUUUGAAAGCACUCACGCGGUCAAGCUGGAUGUGCAGGCCUCGGACAAGGGGCAGCCCCCCAUGACGACGGACUGCAGAGUCAUCAUCAAGAUUCAAGACGUCAACGACAACCAACCCGAGAUCGAAGUGACGUCCAUCGCCAGCACCGUCGCGGAAGAUGCGAAGCACGGAACUGUGAUUGCGCUCAUCAGCGUCAGCGACGCCGAUUCGGGCCCCAACGGGAAAGUCGUCUGCAGUCUCACGCCAAAUGGACCGCUUCAAUUAAAGCCCUCUUUCAAGGAAAACAUGUUUUCCUUAGUCACCAAAGACACGUUAGACAGAGAAACCACAUCAAGUUAUGACAUUUCCAUAACAGCCACUGACUGCGGUCAACCUCCGCUUGCCACAUUUAAAACCGUCAACAUACAAGUCAAAGACGUCAACGAUAACGUCCCAGAAUUCCCGCAAAACCCCUUCCACUUCUACCUGACGGAAAACAACAAACCUGGCGCUCCCGUCUUUUCAGUGAACGCCGUUGACAAAGACGCCGGCAGCAACGCUGCAGUGUCCUAUUCGAUUGUCCGCCAGGGCGGUCCGAAUGACAUCACAUCUUUCCUCAACAUUAACUCGGAGACCGGAGAAGUGACAGCGCUGAAAAGUUUGGACUUCGAGGCGCUGAAAAGCUUCCAGUUCCAGGUGUCGGCCACGGACGGCGGAAGUCCUCCGUUGAGCGGCAACGUGACGGUCAAGGUGUUCAUUCUGGAUCAGAACGACAACGCUCCGGUCAUCGUGUAUCCGCUCAGCUCCAACGGUUCCGCCCAAGGCGCGGAGGAGAUUCCCCGCAAUAGCAAAGCGGGAGACUUGGUGACCCGAGUCCGAGCCUACGACGCCGAUACGGGAUAUAACGGCUGGUUACUGUUUUCGCUGCACCCGCCGGGCGAGCGCGCUCUCUUUUCUUUGGACCGCUACACGGGCCAGAUCAGAACCCUUCGCUCCUUCACGGAGACGGACGGGGCCGAGCAUCGGCUGCUGGUACUGGUCAAAGACAACGGCGACGUUUCGCUGUCGGCGACGGCUACCGUCACCGUCAAACUGGCGGAGCCCAAAGAGGCUUUCGCCGCUUCCGACCACGUCCAAAGUGCGGCCGAAGCGGACCGCAGCGAGGACCGGCUGACUUUUUAUCUGGCGCUGACUUUGGGCUCGGUUUCGCUGCUUUUGGUGAUCAGCGUGGUGGUGCUGAUCGCCAUGCGCUGCUCCAAAUCCACAGAGUACACUUCCAAAUAUCUCCAAGACGCUCACUACGACGGCACGCUGUGUCACAGCAUCCAGUACCGAUCCGGAGACAAACGCUACAUGCUGGUCGGACCCAGGAUGAGUAUCGGUUCCACCGUCGUGCCGGGCAGCCGCGCCAACACGCUGCUGAUGUCCGACGCCGCAGGGGAGGUAAGGAAAAAAAUGAACCUUUAUGAUUACCUGCGGUGUUUCUCGUAUGUUCUGGAAUAA